AUGAUUGUGAAAUAUAAUCCGGUCCAUGAAUGUGAUAUGAGUUUUAUACAUGACAAGCAUCGUCAUGCAAGUGCUAAACUCGUUGGUAAUGCAAUGAAGCGGAAGUUGAAAGAUUCUCGCACAAUAUACACACCAAGUGAUAUAAUCAGAGAUGUGAAACAAAACUUUGGUGUCACCAUUAAUUAUUGCAAAGCUUGGAGAUUGAGGGAGCUAUCUCUAAUGUCCACUAGAGGUUCAGUAGAUGAGGCAUAUUCUCUCCUUCAAGCUUAUUGUCAUGAAUUAGAGCAUGUGAAUUCUGGCACAAAGACAUACAUCCACACCGAUGAGAACAGUCACUUUUGUAUUUUUAUUUUUUUUAUGGUUGUUGGGGCAUGUAUUAGAGGGUUUCAAUCUUCGAUGCAGCCAGUCAUUGUUGUGGAUGCCACGCAUUUAAAAUGUAAGUACAAGGGUGUCCUCUUUGUUGCCAAUGCAUUUGACGGAAAUCGAAAUAUAUAUCAUCUUGCUUUUGGAAUUGGGGAUUUAGAGACGAAUGCAUCAUGGCAUUGGUUUUUCAGUAAGCUUCAUGAAGCCAUUGGUGAGUGUCCAAAUCUUGUGAUUAUUUAUGAUCGGAAUAUUAGCAUAGAGAAUGUGUGGCACAACGUUUUUCCAACGGCGCAACAUGACAUAUGCUUUUACCAUAUGAAGGGGAACAUGAAACGCACUUUCAAAUUGAAAAAACGUGAAAAAUUAUUGCUAUACUUUGAACAAGCUGCGAAAUCUUAUGGUAUCGCUGAAUUUGAUCGUCAUUUUCACAAGAUCAAGGGAAAUGAUGAGGUUGCUCAAUAUCUUGAAAGUGUAGGAUUACACAAGUGGUCUAGAGCUCACAUGGAUGGACGUAGAUACAAUGUAAUGACAACAAAUAUUGCGGAGUCAAUCAACUCAGUCCUUCAGUUCGCAAGGAUGCUACCAGUGGUGCAUUUGAUUGAUGAAAUCAUCAAUCUGCUUGUGAAAUGGUUCAAUAAACGUCGUGAUUUUGCUUUGAAAUGUACAUCAACACUGUGCCCUGACUUUGGCGAGAAGAAGCUAAGAUGCAGGUUGGAAUGUGCUUCAAGGAUGAAUGUCAUGAAACUGAAUCACAUAGAGUAUAAUGUCGUGGACGGUGAUAUGGACGACCACAUACAUUUGACGAAUAACACUUGCAAUUGUAGGAAGUUUCAGCUUGAGCAACUACCUUGCAAGCAUGUAGUUGCAGUUUGCCGUUUCUUGAAACUAAAUGUAUACUCCAUGGCUUCUCAUUAUUACACUUGA